AUUAUCAAGCGCUCCUUCGGUGUCUAAGAUUUCAUGCAUUUCCAGCAGCACUGAAUUUUGUGAUUAUUUUCAAAAAAUUAUUUCGUCCACCUAGACCGAAUGGCGCAGACCAAAAGUGUAGAAGCGGAGAUGUUGCACAUCCAAAAGCAACUCAGGCUAGCCAUUUGCGACCAUCAGGUUUUGCAGUUCAAGCUGAAAAACAACUGUGAGAAUGCCGAGGUCAAAAAGGAGCUUAGUGAUCUCCAGCGUUACAUUGCAACCCUCGGCGCGAGUCAGCGCCGGCUGAUGAAGAUCAUGAGGAUGAAACAUUCAAUCAGAAACAAAAACGAGGCAGUGCCUGAAAAGAAGCAAUGCUUGGAGGAUAAGGCUGAAAAUUCUGAAAACCAAUCAGAAUGCAAAAACCAAGAAAUGGAAACGGAAACGGCUGUUGUUCCCAAGCAGGAUUAUGAGGAAAAAGUAGUGAGCCUGGAACAAAUGAAAAUUGAUUACGACCUGGACUUGCAGAACUUAGCACAUUCGAUCGAUAGGAAAUUUGGAAUUCCUCUCGAAAUUAGGAAAUUGGAUGAAAAAGAGAAUUUUCUGGCUUGCCUAGAGCUUGUUUCUUUGGACCGAGCAAAGGAAAUAGGUGACGUUGUGCAAAAGUACAAAGCUGACUAUGCCCUUAAGAACCCACUACUUGAGAUUCCUAAAGCUGAUCCUUCCCAGCGGCGACGCAACGAAACAUAUUUGAGCUGUGUGCCAAAAACUAGAAAGAGGAUAAUUAAGGAACGAGAGCCUUCCAGUGAACGAGAGAGCAAAGUUGCUGACGAUGCUACCCACGAAGGGGCAAGUUCCGAAGACUUGCCCGAAGGUCCAGACCAACCAUUCAAUGAACACCAAUUUUCCCAAGAGUCUGCUGCCUCUACUCAUGAAAGCGAAGAUUGCAAGUCAUGAGUGCUGCCACUUUAGAUGUAAGGUUAAGUUUUUUAGUAUUCAAAUCAAUUCUAAUCUUGCGCACUGUUCUGAUUAAAAAAUGAUCCUAAGCUCAUGUUGUUAAGAAUUACGAAGAAAAUAAGCUUGUUUUCUAUUUGGUAUUAGUUUGCAGCACAUUUUCAUGCUUUUCCCAUUUCAAACUAGUUUGUAAGAAAUAAUAGACGAGAACCCUCAAAUCACUGCAUUUUUAGUUACGUUCAUUAUUAGAUAAGUUUUGCUGCAGCUAAAUACUUGUGAUAAAAGGUCUUUUAUAGCAAAAGACAAAUUCUUUUAUUGAAUUCAGUAAUAAAAGCACAUUCAUGUUCUCUUGUUAUGUGCUUCAUUUAUACAUGUAAGUUUUUGUGAAUAUUCUGCUCAACAUGUAAUUUGUAUAUCAGUAAAAAUAAAAAAUUUACGGUCUCAACUAA